AUGCCCCCGACGUACAGAAAUACGCCUACGCUCAUCACGCUCUUUUCUCGCCUAGCUCCUCGUCGCGACGAAUUCAAAUAUCUCAACGACCACACCGACAGUCACAAUGGACACCGCAACGGCCCCAAGAAGGUCGCACAAACAAACUUCGAUUCCAAGCAUUCCACCAGUAAAUCUGCUUCUCACCAAGAAAAAGUUCUGGCCCAGGACCUGGCCAAAGGCAAGCCUGAGGACGACGCAGGCGAGACCAGCAUGACUGCCAUACCCGUACCAAUACCUGAUACUGGAUCUCAUCAUUCCGAUUCGACCGACAAGAAUAAACCACACAGCAAAAGUUCUUCUAUCUCGGAACACUCUAUGACAACUUCAUCACUUGUAUCGGCGACUUCUUUGUUACUCCCAACAACCACUGUCUUUUCAUCAGCCCCACCUACGGACACUAUCAGCUCCACUUUUCAAUCUGUAUCUGUAAUUCCUUCCAGCGCAGCGCACCCAUCUCUGGCGGGUCCCCACCUUUCGACCCUUGCAAUAGCGUUGCUGGCUUCUGGCGCAGCCUGUAUCAUAGUUGCCCUCUUCAUAAUCAUCAAAGUUUGUUCUCGCCCUAGGCGCCGUACACCAACGCCUUCUUUGCCUAUUCUGGAAGACGGUUUCGAUGAUAUCUACAAACCCGGUGUAGAGGACUCGCCUCUGUUUGGAGGCAAGGAAAGGAUAUCUCAUCUUGACAACAACGGUUUCUCUCCCUGGCCCAAGGACCUCCAGGCACCGCAGUGGCCACCUGAGCCCGUACAAACUUUUAAUACUGCCCCCAAUAAUACCUCUCACUGGAUGCAAAGGCGGGAAGUGGAUUACGCCUUCAACGGACAUGCGCACAGCCAGGGCUCCACCUAUGAACCCAACAUUGUCUCACCGCGACCUAUUCGCCAAAUGCAGGACGCUAUCACUCGAGUUACCCGCCGGCUAUCGGCAGCCUCACUCCACCCAGGUGGGAAUCCGUCUACGGAGGCAACUGGCCUUGGUAUAGGCGACAGUCCCCCGCUCACUGCGGAUGGAUACCAGGUCAUGGAACGCAAGUCGAGGUCGGUGUCUCGCAAAAGUGUCAACGGAUCCGAGCCACUUCCUCAAGGCCGACGGCAGUCACAAUCUCUCAGGCAAUCUAUGGGUCUCGCAUAUGAUGGAGCCGACGUUUUGUCCCCUUGUUCACAUGACGUUUAUGUUCCUAGUGAAAUGAUUACCCCGAUCGCGAUAGCUGAACCGUCUCCUGCUCAUGGUGGCCGUAGCCGUAUUAAAUCGUCGUAUUUCACAUCUUAUCCUAGAUCAUCUGCCGCCCCCAUGUUCGCAAAUGCAGGCGCUCUCAACCACGUUGAAUCUUCCGAGGCUUCUCUACAUCGGUCGGAAUCCCGUCGUGAUCGGGACACCAAAGCCCUUGCUGCUGCGCUCGGCCUUUCAUCCCCGUCUCCCAUCUGUCCUCCCCCACCUUCUCCCACAAUUCACCCGGAUGAUUCUCUCAGCAUGCUGGGCAGGCGCUUCUCGAAGGCCAUCCCAUCGCGUUCAGCUGACAGUGCUGCGGGUGGGGAUGCAAAGCCCAGACAUUCGCUAUCUGCAAUGAGUCCAAGGAGCCCGUCCUCAGUGCUAGGCAAUCUUAUGUUGGUCGACUUCGGAGCUACUAGCAAGUCACUAGCUAACAUCGGGUUUGGUGAAAGUACACGCCAAUCCUAUGCGAGCUCCAAAAUACCCACGUCGAUGUCCAAGAAAAGUCUGUAUGACGAUAGGCCUCCGCGAGUUCCGUCGCCCCCACCCCUGCCUUCACUCGCCCAGAUGGGAUUAGAGAAGUCCUGCCCGGAGACAUUUGCGAGCUAUCGCAGCCCAACGUACAGCAUUUUCGGACUUUAUGAAGAUAGUAGAAGGAGCGUUCUGAGGUGA